GCUCCCAAAAAAGCCCUCCAAUUUUUUUUUUUUGCACAUGGAACUUUGGAAGCUUCAAAACCUUGAACCUCUGUAAUGGCUUCCUCCACUGCCAAGCCCUAGCUUCAACUUUUCUCACUCUCGUUCUUCGUCCUCAACUCUCGGAGAGAAUUUUUCGCUUAUGCUUCCGCUUUAAUGGAUAGGCAAAUUGACGGACAUGCCGUUCCUUCGACAUCUACUAAUGGCAGGGCUGCUUUAGCGUCUACUUCUUCGUCUCUGCAACCUGAUUACAGUAGCCGAGCAGUACAGGAAGCGCUGAAACAUCUGGCAUCUAUUGAUCUGAUCGAGUUAUGCAAUGAAGCAAAAGUUGAGCAUUGUCGGGCCACAAGAGACUUGAGAAGCUGUGGACGGGAUGUUCAGUAUGUGUUGAAUUCAUGCGGACAUGCCUCUCUGUGUGAAGAAUGUUGCCAACGUUGUGAUACUUGCCCAAUAUGUAGAGUCCCAGUUCCGAAGAGCAGUGCUAGAACACAUCUUCGUCUUUUUUAUGAGUGUGUUGAAGCUGGUCUCAUUCCCAAGAAUUCCAAGGAACAGGCUUCUAAGGAGGAAGAUGGGGAGGAUAGAAUAUCUACAGAUGUUCAACGCUUGUAUUCCUUAUUUGAUGUUGCGCUGGAAAAUAACAUGGUUUCUCUAAUCUGUCACUAUGUUAGGGAUGUUUGUAUGGAUGAGAGUGCUGUAUCAAGUGACCCUGUCAUUGCAUUUUUGUUGGAUGAAGUGGCCGUGAAGGAUUGGUGUAAGCGGGCCUCCAGGAACAUUAUUACAGAACUUCAAGAAAUAUAUAACUCUGGUGUAGAGGGAAUGAGAUCCAGGUUGACCGUACUACUCAAGUUUUCGGUGCACCUUGCUGGCAUAUCCAAUGUGCUUGAAGUGUUGGACUCAUCAUUUAGAAGUUCUCAUUCAGCACAGCUUGAGGACCUGCACAAUCUUCAUGAGGACAUAUUGAAGAUCAAACAGCAUAUGGAGAUUAUGAUGUGGUGCAUAAGGCAUCAGUUUUUGGAUAAUGUUAGAUCCCGCCAUUCUAGCUUCACAUCAUGGCUUACUGCUGUCCGCGAAAGGAAAUCUGCUGCUAUCAAGCGAUCAUGGCCUGAUGCUUUGGAUGACUCUGCUGAUUCCAGUGGACGGGAGGGAUCUUUGUUCAUCGAGGAUGCACUGGAGAAUCUUGAUAUAGAGCAGUGGUACUCCCCAGAUGUAGUGGAUGGUUUGGAAAUUGCAUCAUUGGCAAAUGAUGGGGCCCCAAUUAUCUUCAGAUCUAAGAUUGGUGGGAGUUCUGGAUGCUACCCAUUUGAAAAUCUUCGAGUUGCUGUUGACGUUCUUUUUCUUCGUGGAAGUUCUGAUGUAUUCGUUGCAAAGAAAGCAAUCCUUUUGUAUUACUUGUUUGACCGCCAUUGGAUGAUGCCUGAUGAGAAAUGGAGACAUAUUGUUGAGGAUUUUGCAGCCUCUUUUAGCAUAACACGGCAUUCUAUAUUAGAAUCUUUUGUCUUUUAUCUUCUUGAUGAUCAUACAGAUGAAGCUCUGCAGGAAGCUUGCCGUCUUCUUCCAGAGAUCUCAGGCCCAGCAACCCAUCCUAAGAUUGCUCAAGUUUUGUUAGAACGGAAAAAUCCUGAUACAGCUCUUAUGGUUUUGAGGUGGUCAGGACGUGAUAGUAUGUCAGCCUCAGUUUCACUUGUGGAAGCUGUAAUUGGUGUCCGGGUGAGAGUGGAAUGUGGACUUCUGACUGAAGCAUUUAUGUAUCAGAAAAUGCUCUGCAAUAAGGUAAGAGACAGGAAAAAGUAUGAAGAACGUGAGGACGAGUUUGAUAAUGCUCAAAGCAAAUUUAGAAGGUGGGAGGACUGGGUGAAAAUAUUGGUGACUGAAAUUUGUUUUCUUUGCAUCCGUCGAAACUUUGUGGAUAGAAUGAUCGAGUUACCAUGGAAUUCUGAUGAGGAAAAGCAUCUCCAUAAGUGCUUGAUGGAGUGGUCCACUGCUAAUCCAUCAACCACUAUUGGAAGUCUCCUCUUUGUGUACUAUCUUCAGAGGUUUCGAUAUCAUGAGGCCUACCAAGUGAACCUCUUACUUCAGAAAGCAGAACAAGGCUAUAUUUCUGAGAGUUCUGUUGUUGAAGAGGUUUUAUCCAGAAUGAGAUCGAUGAGUCACUGGCGAGCAGGAUUGGUUGAUAAAUUCAUGGAGUUGCUACCAGAAGCUCAACAGCUGGAAAUAAAAUCCAGGAAGUUGCCUAAUGUUGGUGUUAAUUCUGAAGAAGUAGAUGUGCCACGAGAUGCAGAUCUAUCUGGGGUCCAGGAGCAGAGCUUAAGCAGUAUAUUGAUCCCCUCAGCCGUGAAUUCUACUGUAUUACAGAGAAACGACAGUAAAUUUAUCGUUAAACCCCCAGUUUUUGACACUCCAGGAAGACUAGGCGGGACAUUCAGUCAUUCCAAAAUUGCGACCUUUGGCUCACCAUCAGUUCACAAAAGGCUUUUUGCUAGUAAGGAAAGAGUACCAAAGAUACAAAAUAACCUACAUAAGAGUUCCAAUUUUCAGGACAUGUUUGGUUCUGGAUUCCCAGUUGCUAUGAAUAUUUCCCCCUCAGAAGAAGACACUAGAAGUUCAUCUAGGGUCCUUCCAAAUAGUCAACACUUUGACAACGAUCCUGAGAAACUCGGACUGGAUAAAGAGCCAAAUGGAAUUACUAACCAAGUUCGGAAUACAUCUCCAUAUUCCCGUAGGAUUACUGCUAACCCUAUUUAUAAUACACCCAGCAGCAAGUUUGGUUUAUUAGAUGUUCCUUCAAGGGGAGUGCAGGAAAAUGGAUCUAGUAAAAAUGCAGUGUCUGCUAGAGAUAAUGGAACUUGGAACAUCCAUUCCUUAGAUGACCCAAUGGACAUUUCAAGCCAUGGAGGACAAGAUUCUGCAGCAGAUGUUCAAUACAUGAAUGGCGCCCCAAGAUGGAGGUCUGAUGAAGGUAGCGACGAGGAAGAGCCAAGUCUUGACAGAGGUCCUAGAAUGGUACGUGACAAAGCUACCCUAAGUGGCACUAGAAGAUCAAGGUUUACCAAGAGAUAAUGACCGUUUUUAUACAUCUAAAAACUCGAGAUAAUAAUGCAUUUUAUGCCACACGGGUAGCUUGGAAUGGGUCAGAAGAGCAUGAGAGUUGCAAAACCUUACCGGCUCCCUCUUGGUUAAGAGGACGCAGUGCUUAAAGUGUUGCUGCUCCCAUGAGAGAUUGAAAUAAUCAAUCUGAAAGCCGGUAGUCCAUUGAGGUGGCUGCUUCUAUUUUUGUAUUUCAAAUGUCAAUAAAUUUUUAUAGGUUGAUAGGUUUGAAUGAUGAAAGAUCGGUGCUUUAAGUAGUGGAAAUUUGAAAGCAGGCCGUAGGAUUUGAUUUUAGUUAGAAACUCAAGUUUUCAGCAGGUGAGAUUGGU